AUGAAGGUUGCUGUGUUGGACCUUGGGUCUCUCUUUGCCAAAAUCUUCAAGACUUCGACAACGGCGUCCCCCGAGGUUCCCUCGCUGGUCGCCUCCUCCGGCCACUCGGGAGGUGCUGCUACCUCGGGAUCAGCGGGCUCUGGCGGGGGCACUUCGCUUAGCACGACCCGGACCCUGACCCUCUUACCCUCCCUAGCUCCGGACUCCUCCUCCGCCUCCCGUGGCCCCGCCACGUCGUUGCACCCGCUGCUCACCGCCUCCCACCCCAGGGUCUCUGCCACUAGUCGCACGGCAGAAGCAUUAAGGUCCCCCUUUUCAUUACCCGGUAGCCCAAGAACACCGAAAGUCCAGCCUCUGCCCCUGCCUCCCCCCUGCGGCGGCUACAGUGCCACCAGCUCCCCCGCCCACCUGGGGCCCCUGGCGCGGCCACCCCCUGGCCUUGGAGGAGUCUGGGCUGCUCUGCCCUCUGUCGCGGGGGACAGCAGUAUAGUCGCGAGCCCACGGAACCCUCGCCAGCCUGGCCCUGGAGAGCGAGAGCCCAGUUCUUGGAUCGCUUCUGAGCCUGGCCCCAAAACACUGGUCUUCACCUUGCCGGACAUCGGUGAGGAGUGGGCCUCAGACAGCGACUCGGAGGACAGCGGAGAAGGAAGAGGACUUUCAGAAGGUUCUAGAAAGCACAGUGUUGCUGUGAAAAGCAAAGAUCCUUUACCAACACAUUUUACAAGAAAUGUUCAGAAAGCCAUUGAUAAAUAUACCUGUGAAUCCCCAUCAUCGUUUUCAUCUAGUGGAAGCUGCACACCCACGAGAGCCCACGAUUCAUGGUCAAGGUCUUCAACACAGAGUUCUACCACUGGCUUGUCUACAGAGAGGAGCUCAGUUUAUUCCUGGAGAGAUGAUGAGUUUGACAAAGCCAAUGCACAGAAAGUGCAGCAGUUGUUUUGGGAGGUCGAUGAAAUGCUAUUUGAGGGGAAAGUAAGCCCUCAGACCCAGAAUCUAGUGGCUGAAUGUGGUGAAUGGGCAAGAAGAUCCCUCCAUCUGAGAAUAUUAGGAAGACAGCUUAUCCUGCCAACUGAUGAAGGGUUCCAACACUUCCAGGGCAAUGUGCCUAGUUCUGCUGGCCACAAACCCUUACCUGAUGCCCCAGAAUGCAGCAGCAACAUCCAACAGUUGUGCAUCUCUGGUUCUCAAAUAAUCCCAGCCACACUCUCAGCCUCUGCCCUGCCAGGCCCUGUAGGCACAGGGACGGCCCACCUCACAGCAUGUUCAUCCCUGGAAGAAGAGGUUUACGAUAUGGAUGGAAAGGUGGAAGAAUAUUUUGCUUUUGACAAAAAAGAGGAUGGCGAUGAACGUCUUGGACAGAAACCAGCUCACCGUGGCAGGAAUUGGCAUAAACAUGGACUUCCUCCUAUUUCCCCUCAUGACUGUAUCAAAGAUGCUGUGGCAGCAGAAGUGUUUGAUCAUGUCUGGAAAAAUGUGGUAGAAAUAUUAGAAGAACUGAUUAGGAAAAACUGGGAAACUACACUUAAAGAAGGGAAAAAACAGAAAGAAAAGUUGAAAGUCGCAGAAAAUAGACCUCCACAGGUACUCCUCUCCCGGCUGAGCACUGAUGUGGCUAGCGUCCCCCCAUCCAGGAGUUCUGAAGCUCGCAGCUUGCCCAUGGCUUCUCAUCUUAAUCUACCCCAGGUAGAUGCAUUUACAUCCUGUUUCCCUUUUAUUCAUCGCUUCUCCAACAAUUUCUACAGUGAUUUGAAUGGUGUGAUGACAAUUCAAGCAAAACCACUCCAGCAGAGACCUAUGUAUUUUGUGGAUAGAACACAGAAUGAACAAGAGGACAAAUCAUCUAGUGUGGGCGCCAGUGCUCCGUCCUCUACACGGCUCCGCCUGGCUAGAAUCUCAGAUACUCACAGAUUACAGACUUCUGCCAGGAAAAUACCAGCGCACCGGAGGCUGCCUUCUCUUACUUCAGAUUCACAGAGAAUAAAAACCCCCAAUGUGUACAGUGAUGAAAUUCUUAGGGGAACAAAACUGCAAACUGGCCUAGACCACGUGUCUUCCCCACCGGUUCAAACCUCCUGGAGCAGGUUGCCCCCAAUAGGCUCAGAGGCUGGGGAGCAGAUCACAGCUGUUUCUGGAUCCCGCUCCAUUUCCUACAGGGGAAGGUAUCCCCCAAACCACGUGUCAAGUGCAAUGCCUGAUGGCAUAGAAAGAUCCCCUCUCCGAGAAAAAACCAUUACCCUGGAACAACUUUCAAGGCCCAACACAACCCAUACAUUCCGGUCGGAUACACCUCGAAAAGGUUCACUUACAACGAUGGAAUUUGCUGGUCACACAUGGACAGGUCAAAGUAUUUUGAUAGGUUCACAAUAUUUGCCUAAAUCUUUUCAGAGGACAACUGUGACUUCAAGAAAGAGAUUCCAAGUGGCAUCUUGA